CCCUUUAGAAUUCAACUUGCUCUUAUCCUUCCAAUUCUCCUCCUUCUCCUUUCUCACCAUGAACAACAACCCGACCCAUAUUGUGCAUCAUGAAGAAGAUGAACCAGAAGAAGACCAAAAGGCCGAAACUAGCAAAGGGUAUUUCAUGCUUUUGCUCGUUAACUAUCUGUUCCUCUUUGUGGGUUCAGUCUCUGCAAGCCUUUUAUCUAAGUUUUACUUCAACCACAAAGGCUCAAGCCGGUGGGUGUCCACCUGGGUCCAAUGCGGCGGCUUCCCCUUCCUCCUCUUCCCUAUUUUCCUCCCUUACUAUGUCUUCAAGUGCACAAAGAGAAAACCUUUCUCUCAUUUCAGUCGGAAAAUCUUCUCUUUAUCGGUUUUCAUUGGCCUUCUUUUAGGCGUCAACAAUCUUCUCUUUUCAUGGGGAAACUCUUAUUUGCCUGUCUCAACCUCCUCUCUUUUGCUCUCUUCACAGCUUGUCUUCAACCUCAUUUUCUCCGUAGUCAUCGCCAAACAAAGGCUCACCUUCUCCAAUCUCAACGCAGUCACUCUCUUGACGUUAAGUUCAGUCCUCCUAGCCCUCUAUUCCGGCCAUGAUAAAGCCUCAAACUUAUCCAAAUCGAACUACUUCAUCGGGUUUUUCUGCACGGUGGGUGCCGGUUUGCUCUUCGCCUUGUACCUCCCCGUCAUGGAGAUCAUCUACAAGAAAGUUUACUGCUACUCAAUGGUUGUGGAAAUGCAGCUCAUCAUGGAGGUCGCCGCCACGGCUUUGGCCACCGUGGGGAUGUCGUUCAGUGGCGGUUUUGCGGAGAUGAGGAGAGAAAGCGAGAGGGUAUUCGAUUUGGGGAAGAAAAUGUAUUGGGUUACAGUGUUUGCAAAUGUGGUGACAUGGCAGCUUUGCUUCAUGGGGACGGCAGGGAUGGUGUUCUUGACGUCGUCGCUGACGGGGGCCAUCUGCAUGACGGCGAUUCUGGCGAUGAAUGUGAUCGGAGGCGUGGUUGUUUAUGGAGAUAACUUCGGCGGCGUUAAAGUGGUGUCGACGGUGCUGUGCUCUUGGGGAUUUUGCUCCUAUGUUUAUGGAAUGUAUGUGAAAAUUAAGCUUGAGAAGGAGGAGAAGGAGAAGAAGGAGAAGAUGGAAAUUAAUAAUAGUAAUGUGAUGGAGAUGGUUCAGAUUGUAGUUUGAAGAAGAUGGUGAAUCGAAGAAGAAGAUGAAGAUGGUGAUUAAGUGUAAAUUAACUUGGAGAUAAUGAAGAUUAUGAGUGGUUAAUUAA